AAUAUGGCGGUCGCUUUUUCACGUAAGCUUCUCCUAUCGUUUUUCCUACUUUCCCGUAAAAUCCUACACAUCAUUUGAAUCAAUACGGCGUAAUCAUAGCGGUAAGCAAUAAUUUUAUUGCCAAAUUUACCAAAAUGGCGACAAAUUGCAAGCGUAAAAGCGCUAAAAUACUCCCCUGGGCGCUUGUUGUCCUGGACAUUGGACAAUGUUCAAGUUUCACAGAAUCGACGUAAGAUGACGUAUCUCGUACAGUUCUUGGCAGACAAUCUGUGUUAUUGCAAUUUUUCAUAGUUAUUGGCUCAAGUUAACUAAAAAAAGUGGUUGCGACAAAGGGGAAGACAAAAGUCGAAACAAUGGAUCUGAACGAAUUUACUCAUAAAUGUGAGAUUAAAAAAGUGUUAAAGUGCGUGUUUUGUUAUUGCCGAUAUAUGGAUAAAUAGAGAAGAUGGUGUUCGAUAAGUGAUAUACCGGUCGCAGCAAUUUCAGUGCUUUACGCAGUUUUAUUAAAUUUUAGAUAAUAUUUUUUUUACGUAAAAAAUCGUGAGUGAGUGGUUGGAGGGACGCAGGAAAAAAAGCAGUGGAAAUGCAACUAUUGUUUUCAACCAACAUCGACUGCUGAAGGAUUCUCACUGCUGGACAAAACGAGCGUAAUUAUAACGGAUGCAGACAGAUUGACGUCCGGAUACAUACGGCCUUGGAUUUGCAGACUGUCGCGACACAGUGGAUACAUGCAUCAAGGUCACAGGACUACGCGACUACAAUGCUGAGGAGUUACUUCUCGUGGCACGCAAUACGCGUCGAGGUGGAAAAAGAGUUGUGCAAUGAUGGGUCUGCAGGCCACGGCAGGUAAACGUAAACUGGAGGGAGGUGUGGGCUGCAUGGAAUUCGACAUGGACAUGAGUGAGAGCCCAUCAAAACUUGGUAGAGUAGAGGGCAGCUGGUGGGCAAUGGAGGAGAGUUACACACCGCAAGUUAAUCAAUCGUCAUCAUCGUACUACGAGAUGGAAGUUAGUUCACCGUGUUUGAGCCAAACAAAUCCAUGCCAAGCAACCAUACCGACAAGUUCACCGCCUGCAGCUAGCCAGUUGCAUCAUCCAUCACAGCAUUAUUAUCAUCAUCAGCGUAACAGUAGCAGUAGCAAUGGUUACAAUCAGUUAUCGAGACCCCAGCCACAGUGGGGUACACCGCAUCAUUACGAACCACCGACGAUACGAAGGGAGGAGAAUGGAAAGAGUUAUUUGGAAUUGGGCUCGAGUUACCGUGCAAACGAGAGAUGCUGCGAGGGCUCAAGAUCAAGCUGGUGUAGACGCGGUAGAGCGUGUUAUAGACAACGUAGACUAGCCGUCCUUAAUAUAUCAAUGUGUAAACUCGCUAGGUAUCGUCAAUUUCCCGAUCCAAGUUUACAUCGAUCUGUACUCAUAUGCAAUACCCUGAGGCAUCUUGAAAGAGAGAUGGAGAGGGACAGAAGUCCACCGCCAAUGGAGCCAGUUAUACAAGCACCAAUGGCCCAAUUACAACCACCUGAGCAAGGUAGACUUACACCUUUUCCAAUGCCACCCACCUCAUCUAGUGAAACUGAUGUAGAUUCGGGUAUUGGUGAUAGUGAUGACAGCCGCUCUAUCAAUUGGGGCAGUGUAUUAUCAUUAUCCAGUCAAUCGCCCCUCGAUCCUCUCAACAACAACGAGUUACUUGAUGUUGAUAUUGCUCCUGAAUUAGACUUAGACUUUAUGCCUGGAUGGAAAUUAACACCACUAUCAGCUGACGAUAUCCUGAGAAGUACAAAUGUCUCUGUUACUGCGUCAACCGCAACGCAGGAUCACCAUCAUCAUCAUCAUGUCACCUCAUCAAUUAGCACAAAUACAACAGCAACAACAAAUGCUUGUAAUACCAGUAGUACGCACGAAUCACUCAUGUGCGUUGGUUCAUAGCCCCCAAUACUGGCGUCUUUGAGCCAUCUCAUCGAUUUUUAUCCACUUACGCAGCCGGGUAAAUAAAAUUUUAUCAUUAACCAAUAUUCAUCAGCUAGGCCAAUCGAUACCUCGAUAACUCCAACAAUCGUAAAUUCGGUAAUUCGGUAAUUCGGUAAUUCGGUAAUUCGAUGACUCGAUAACUCGAAAAACUCAUCAUCGAUCAUUAUUCUUGUUGUAUGUCACAAGAAAAUAUUGAGAAUUAAAACGAAAAAAGAAAAACCGCGAGGACGCAACGAUGCACAGCGCCACAUCAUUGGGUAUAAACGGGAUGACCCCGCUAUACUGUUAUACGCUAACUAUUAUUAUUGGCCGCAUCAAAAAUCAACGUUUUAUUUAUUGUUCACGUGAAAAGGGAGAAACUAAUACGGCUCGUGUCAAUUACAUGCCACUCCAUUACCAUUUACCUCGGUUCCAAGUCUAUUGUUAAUCUUGUAAUUCUUUUAGAUCAUUCGUUUAAUCACCAAGUAAGUCACAAAAUUCUUGAUCAACUCAAUAAUCCUAAAUUCAAUUUUGAUUUAUUGUUAAUGAACAAAAGUGAAAAUGCGUGCCGCACCUGUGUGAUAAUCAGGUUGGCAAUGUGACGUAACUUCUUGGAUUUUCAACGAAUUAUUUUCCCCCCGGGCUGGGGAUGCACGGUUUUGAGCAAUUUCAAAUGACCAGGGAUUCCGUCGAGGUUUUAAACAUUUUAGUGUCAAUUUCAUUCAUAACGUAUUGCCUCGACGGUUCCUCAAUAUUCUCCAUAACGGCUCACAAUCGAUUAGAAGACAUCGCCCGCCUAGCUGGAUAGCGUUGACAAUCCCAGAAUUAAACCUCAACACGUCCCACCAUCAUUCAAAUUUAUUUACAAACAUGACAAUUAUACACGUGUUUUAUCGGUUAUUAAUUAUGCUGGCGUUGUUUGAACGGUAUCCUACCGUCGUGGCCUACGCUCACACCUGAUUCUGCACACAAACAUACAUAGUUUUUUUUUUUCAUUUUCUUCCCAUUCCCAUUUUCCACUGUUAAAAAUGGUGCUUUUUUACAAAUACGCUAUCUAUCUCAGCCAAAAUGCAACAGAAUCGCCGAUUAAUUGACAAUUUCAUUUGUGACUUGUGAUGAGAUAAAUUAGAAUAUUUUAUUAUUUUUUUUUUUUCAACAAUUUUAAUGAAAUUGCAUGCGAGCGUAGACGCGUACCGCCAUCCCAAUCGCGUUUAUAUGAGGAAUGAAAGAAUACCGUCAAAAAGUACCUGGAUUUAUUAAAUUAUUUAGAGAUGAAAGGUGAAAGAGAAUUAUAGGGUUUAUUGUUGCAGUAGCAAUCGUCACUACGUUAAUGAUCUCCAAAGUAGUUUACAAAAAAAAAAGAAUUAACAAAAAAAUGCGUAUGACGAGCCGCUGAUAUGCGAGAUAACCUUUUAUUUCUGUCAACAAUGGACAAAGCAUUAACAAUGCACUGAAAUCAUGUGUCCAGUAUGUCCAACAAGUGCAGCUAUACUUAAUGAUAUUGAAAUGAAAACAAGGAGAGUAAUACAGCAAAUUGAAUAGUUGAAGAGGACAAACUCGACUGAUUAAUUCAAAUCACUUAUUCAUUGAAAUUAACGCAAUUGCAAUUAUAGUUAUCUUUAUUGUCCAAGCAAUAUUAACUUAAAAAUUAUUUCAUUUUCUCUAUUGAUUCUUCCAAUCUACUGGGAAUGUGUGAAUUGAGUGGACGAAUCCGUUGAAAUUGUUAACAACAGAAAAUUUGUCAAAAAAAAUACUCAAAUGAAGGGGAGGUAAAACAUAGCGGCAAAAAAAUAUAAUUUGUAAUUCGGCGGGACGCGUCUCGUUAGUUAGAGAGGCCUUUCGAGGGGUGGAUGGUAGGAGGCAGCGAUUCCUUAAAACUCAAAAUUUUCUUUCGUUGAUCCAUCAACAUUGGCGCAAUCUGAAUAAUUUCAAGUGCUAAGGGAAAUUUUGUGCGGAAGUGUGACUGAACGGAUAAUGCAAUUGCUCGAGAGAUUAGUGGGCUGUGCACGGCAUAGUUGUUUCUUAUACGUUUCACAAUGAAGAAUUAUUGAUUACUCGGUGACUACAAAGGUGAAGAAAAUAAAAAAAAAUAAAAAACAAGAAAGAACAAUUGUAAAUAAUAUAAAUAGUAAUGAAAAAGGUACAUUUUAAGUGACGAGAUAAAAAAAUAGGUAUAAAAAUUUAAAAAAAUAUACAUAAGAUAUUAUAUAUUAUAUAUAUACAUAUAUAUGAGAACGAGAAGUAUAUAUAUAAGAUUACUAUAUAUUUACCUUGGUAAGUGAACAAGGCGUGUGCGGGGUCUCACUUGAUCUACAAAUUCAUCAAUCUUGAGCCUAAAGAAGAAAUAAAUUUUCCCUUUUUUUUUUUUUAAUCUACCCUCUCCAAUCUCGUUCGGCCUAUGACGAUCGACUUAAUCGAGAAUCGUGCUAACGACACUAUUCCCUGCAGUGACUAUUUAUCUUCCAAUAUUAGUACUCGUUGAAAUUAAAAGUGACGGAGAUUUUUUUAUUUUGUUUAUUAUUAAUUGCGCAAAUUCUUCACGCUGGUCGUGUGGAUUCUCGGCGCUAGUCGAUCAAUCGGUUCGACUUUGUCUUUGGAGUUGAUUCAGUGAAAAUGGCCUGAGUUGUUAUUAUAAUCAUGCAUCCAUUUUGAGCAUAUUCUUUUUUAUAUUUGUUAAUUCAAAUCUAGAAACACUUCAUACUUAUUCUCAAUCAUGUCUUGCCAAUUUUUUGAUUAAUUAGUGGAGAAAUUUAAUUGAGUGGGGUAAAUAUUGUGAAUCAUGGGAGAUCAAGCAACGCCUCGGGAAACUUAGGGCAGGAAAGACAACACUGUACAUUGUAAAUAGUAGCGGAGAGGAUGAAGGUUUACAGAAAGACAGUUAAAGUUGCAUCGAAUAAGAAUCUACGCUGUGAACUCGAAAUAACGGGACAAAACGAGCGAUUCCAUAAAGAUGAGAAAAAAAAAAAUGGAAAAUACAAAAAAAAUUGUUAAAUCAAUUGACGAGAUUCGAAUUAAAUAAUUAAAUUAUUUAUGAGAAAAUAUAGUAAUUACGAGUUUUAUAGUUUCGCUUUGUCCACUGUGUGCUUCGAGUUUGGGCGUACUUCUUUAAUAGAUAAACAAAUAGACAGAAAAAAAAAACAAUGUUUCAUGAUGCACAGUAUAUUUCUAAAAAGCGAGCCGAUCACUCGCGAUUCCCCUGCACUUUUUGUUACACCGCAUUGGAAAAAUAUUAAUUGGAUUAAUUAAUUGGCUGAAUUAAAGUGCAGAACUUUUGACUCAUGUUAUAAAUGUGAAAAUUAUGAAAUAAAUUACUCAAAGCUAAGACUUGUGGAACAAAAAUAAAGUUAAAAA